GACGACCCGGUCCCGCUCCUCCAGGGCUUCAAGGCCACCAUCCCCGCCGCGGGCGUGCCCCGGGCCGAGCGCCGCAAGCGCCGAGCGCUGCGCAGCGAGCGCGCCCUCGGCCUCGAGGAACUCGAGGGCGACGCCGUCGAGGUCGCGCGCGACAUGAGCAACGUCGCCGUGCGGCGCGCGCUCGUCAACGGGCAGGUGCGCGACGUCGAGGAGCAGAUCGCCAAGCUCAACAAGGUCCGAGACGAGCUCAAGCGCGGCCUGCUCGGCUUGCGGGAGGAGGAACUCGAGCUCGAGGACGAACGUGCGUCCCCUCUCUCCUUUCUAACAUUGUCGGGCGACUCAAUGUCGGCGCACGGCGGCAUCCCGUUCCCGUCGUCGUCGUCGCGCCGGCGCAAAGGGCCCGCGUUCCUCCCGAGCGAGCACGACGAGCUCCCGCCCAACGUCGCCUUCAUGACCCUCAACGGCCACCUGGCGCCCAUCCUGUCGCUCGACUUUUCCGAGCCGUACGGCACGCUCGUCAGCUCGUCCUCGGACGGCUCGGUCCGCCUGUGGGACCUGACGACGGGCGCCGAGUCGGGCUUCCUCGCCGGCCACCGCGGCGUCGUCAAGACGCUCCAGGUCGAGGGCCAGGUCUGCGUCACGGGCGGCGAGGACGGCGCCAUCAAGGUGUGGGACCUCGACCGCGCCGAGGAGGACUUUUACGAGGGCGUCACGACGACGACGGCGGGCGGCGCUGCCAACGGCGCGUGCGUCCGCUCGCUGUCGGGCCACACGCGCGCCGUCACGUCGCUCUUCUUCGACGCGUCGACGCUCGUCACCGGGUCGAGCGACUCGACGCUGCGCCAGUGGGACCUCACGACGGGCCAGUGCGUCCAGACGAUGGACAUCCUGUGGGCCAUCUCGAACCCGCUCCCCAACAGCUCGGUCCUGUACCCGGCGUCGAGCUACUCGCCGUCGACCGUCGACCCGUUCGCCAACUCGUUCUCGAGCGCCACCCCGGGCGCCAUGGCGGCGCCGACGACGGCGACGUACGCCGACGGCAGCUGGGAGCUGUACGACGACUUUGUCGGCGGCGUCAUGUUCUGGGGGUACGCGCUCGCGAGCGGCACGAGGGACGGCUGCGUGCGCAUGUGGGACAUGCGCACCGGCCAAGCGCACCGCACGCUCGUCGGCCACACUGGACCUGUCACGUGCCUCCAGUUCGACGAGUACCACCUCGUCAGCGGCUCGCUUGACCGCACGAUCCGGAUCUGGGACCUGCGCACGGGCUCGAUCUCGGACACGCUGCGGUACGACCACACGAUCACGUCGCUCCAGUUCGACUCGCGCAAGGUGCUGUGCACGGCCGGCGGCAACGACGUGAGCGUGUACAACCGCACGACGAUGGAGCGCUCGAGCCUGCGCACCAACGGCCACAGCGCGCCGGCCGAGCGGCUUCGAUUCAUGGACCGGUACGCGGCCACUGGAGGCAGGGACGCGUGUGUCAAGGUGUGGGCGCUGCAGUAG